GGGAGAAGCGGAAAUUGCAGCAGCGGAGCCGAGCGCACCCUGAGCAGCAGAGCGGGCAGCGGCCGUGGCCGGAGGAGCAGCGCGAUGUGGAAGGCUACAGCAGGGCACUCGAUUUCUGUCAGCCAGGAUGAUGGAGCUGAUGACUGGGAAACAGAUCCUGAUUUUGUGAAUGAUGUGAGCGAGAAGGAGCAACGCUGGGGUGCUAAAACAGUGAAAGGAUCUGGCCAUCAGGAGCACAUCAAUAUUCACCAGCUGAGGGAAAAUGUGUUUCAAGAACACCAGAACCUCAAGGAGAAAGAGCUUGCAACAGGACCAAAAGCUUCCCAUGGCUAUGGAGGGAAAUUUGGUGUGGAACAAGACCGCAUGGACAAAUCAGCUGUUGGCCAUGAAUAUCAAACUAAGCUUUCUAAGCACUGCUCUCAAGUGGAUUCAGUAAAAGGCUUUGGAGGCAAGUUUGGUGUACAAACAGAUAGGGUUGACCAGUCGGCCGUAGGUUUUGAAUACCGGGGGAAGACUGAGAAACAUGCUUCUCAAAAAGAUUAUUCUAGUGGUUUUGGUGGUAAAUAUGGUGUACAGGCGGACAGAGUGGACAAGAGUGCAGUGGGCUUUGAUUACCAGGGUAAAACUGAGAAACAUGAAUCACAGAAAGAUUAUUCCAAAGGCUUUGGUGGUAAAUAUGGUGUUGACAAGGAAAAAGUGGACAAAAGUGCUGUUGGCUUUGAAUAUCAAGGCAAAACGGAAAAACAUGAAUCACAGAAAGAUUAUGUGAAGGGGUUUGGAGGCAAGUUUGGCGUCCAGACAGAUAGGCAAGACAAAUGUGCACUUGGCUGGGAUCAUCAGGAGAAAGUGCAACUACACGAAUCUCAGAAAGACUAUAAGAGUGGUUUCGGAGGGAAAUUUGGUGUUCAAACAGAGAGGCAGGACCCAUCUGCUGUGGGGUUUGAAUACAAGGAGAAACUAGCUAAGCACGAAUCGCAACAAGAUUAUUCAAAAGGCUUUGGUGGAAAGUAUGGUGUACAGAAAGAUCGGAUGGAUAAGAAUGCAGCAACUUUUGAAGAUAUUGAGAAGCCAUCAUCAACUUAUCAGAAGACAAAGCCAGUAGAAGCUGUGAAUAGUAAAGCAAGCAGCAUCCGAGCAAACUUUGAAAAUCUAGCUAAGGAAAAGGAACAGGAAGAUAAAAAGAAAGCAGAAGCUGAGAGAGCUCAAAGAAUGGCCCAAGAGAAACAAGAGCAGGAGGAGGCCAGAAGGAAACUAGAAGAACAAGCUAAAGCCAAAAAACAAACUCCACCUCCAUCUCCUGUUCCACAGCCAGCUGAAGAGAAACAGCCCUCAAGCCCAGUCUAUGAGGAUGCAACUUCAUAUGAGGCAGAGCCUAGCUUCAAAAAUUCUAGCACAGCAUAUUCAGCAGUACAUGAGCCAGAAUCCAGCUACAAAACUGAAGAAUCAGACUACCAAGAAGCUGUCAGUCAGCGGGAGCCAGAAUAUGAACCAGAGACAGUCUAUGAAGUAGCAGGAGCAGACCUCUAUCAAGCAGAAGAAAAUGCUUAUGAUGAAUAUGAAAAUGAACUUGGAAUUACAGCCAUAGCCCUCUAUGACUAUCAGGCUGCGGGCGAUGAUGAGAUUUCCUUUGAUCCAGAUGACAUCAUCACGAACAUUGAAAUGAUUGAUGACGGGUGGUGGAGGGGAGUGUGCAAAGGCAGAUAUGGGCUGUUUCCAGCCAAUUAUGUAGAGCUGAGGCAAUAGAUAACAUUGUCUGCCAGUUAUGCCUUAAUGCCAUAGUCAGUAUACCUGAUUUAUUACACUACAAAUCAUGCUUUUUUGAUGGGGGAGGGGUAUAUACAUAUUGCUUUUAUAUUUAAUACUUUGCUGAUGCUUUUUAAAAUGUUUAUGCCACAGAAGUUGCUAAUAUAUUGUAACUCUUACGUUUCUCACUCAAGCCUCUUGUUAUGAUUUUCAUGCAUUUGAAAUGUUUCUUCUUCUUUGCCAAAUGGAGCAGUUGUCAUAAAAUGCCAUUUCAAGGACUAUUAGCUGUCUGUCAUAAUAAUGCAUGUUUUACUCAAGUGAACAGAUUUACCUAGUGAUUUAAGUCUAGUUAGUCUUCCACUAAAUGUUGUCAGAUUAAAAAA